AUGCCACUAAGCUUAUUUGGGAGAGGAACUGGAAACGUGAAGUCACAACAGCUUGAACACCCAUCUCGUGUUGUAAAAUUACCUUGUCACACAGUAACAUUGGAAAAAAAACUCGCUGAAGGUGGAUUUGCAAUCGUCUACUUAGCAUCAGAUAAACAAGGGCAUCAGUAUGCACUCAAAAGACAGUUUAUUAGUGAUGAUGUUCGACAACUAGAAGCUUGUCGAAGGGAAUGUCCUGGACACAAAAACAUUAUUUCAUACGUUGAUCACAUGAUUUUGAAGAAUAACUGUGGUGUUUAUGAAUGCUCACUGCUUACUGCUUUUUAUAAAAACAGUGUUCUGCAGCUGAUGAAUGAGCGUCAUUUAGCGGGACGAUGUCUCUCAGCAAAGGAAAUUUUGAAAAUUUUUUGUGAUGUAUGUGAAGCAGUCGCUCGAUUGCACCAUUCUCAAACUCCAGUAAUUCAUCGUGAUUUAAAGACGGAAAACGUUUUAAUCGAUGAACGUCAACGUGAUUCACCUGUAUAUGUAUUAUGUGACUUUGGAAGUGCAACAACAAAAGUUUUGUCAUCCGAAACUCAAUCCCUGCAGUUUAUUGAGGAAGAAAUUCAUCGUUAUACAACAUUAGGGUAUCGUGCUCCGGAAAUGGUUGAUAUCUAUUCUGGGAAGACCAUUGGAACCAAGAUUGAUAUCUGGGCUCUGGGUGUCAUGCUGUAUAGGUUGUGUUAUUUCAGUCUUCCAUUUGGUGAAAGCUCGCUUGCUAUUCAAAAUUGUUCAUAUAGUUUUCCAACUGAACCUAAUUAUCCAGAAGAAUUACGUGCUAUUAUCAGUAAUUUGUUCAUUUAUUUAACGAAAUUUGUAAUUUUCAGUGGCAGUAAAAUGAUUAGAAGAAGUUGUGAUGAUUUCGUUGAGUUGAAUAAAGUUGCUCCAUUGCGCGUGGUUGAUGUUAUUCAAAGCUUUCGUCAGCAAGAGGACAUUGUAAUGAAAGAAGAGGCUACUUCAUCACGUACAUCAGCAUUUGCGAAUUUCGAUAAUUUUGUUGCACCUAAAGAAGUUGCUACUUCAAUUAAUCCAAGAUUACGUCCAAAGCCCUAUGGGAAUGUAGCUUGUUUGAAUUUGGUCGACUCUAGUUCACGCUUGCUUGAUGUAAAAUUAAUUUUACAGUAG